CUGUGACGCAUUACCUUUGACCCCGGGGGCUCCCACGUGGGUCAAUGGAGGGGAGCAGCGGAAACAUGCGGAGUAGCGAACAGAGAGAAGACAUGAAGAAAGUCCGUGAGAAAACAGCAAAGAAGAGAAGUAAAGAGAAGGAGGACGAGGAUCAGGACCAGAUCUUCAACUUCAACCACAAACCUGCUGAGGAAGAUGAGGAGAAUGAAGAUCUGUCAGACAGUGAGGACAGCGUCUACUCAGGACUGGAGGAUUCUGGGAGUGACAGUGAGGAUGAUGAAGAUGAAGAGGAGGGAUCAGAACAUGAUGAGGAGGAGGAGGAGGAGGAGGAGGAUAAUGAUGAUAAUGAUGAUGAUGAUGUUGUUGAUGUGAAGACGGAGUCAGAGCAGAUUCAACAGACAGAGGAGCAGAAGGAGAAGAAGAAAAAGAAGAAGAAGAAGGAAGGAGUGACAGAAGGGGAAGAAGAAACGAAGGAAGACGAGUAUGAACAUGAUUCUUCAGACGAGGAGGACAUUAGGAAUACUGUGGGAAACAUCCCCAUGGAGUGGUACAGAGAUUUCCCACACAUUGGCUAUGACCUGGACGGGAAAAAGAUCUACAAACCAAUCAGGAACAAGGAUGAACUCGAUGACUUCCUGGACAAAAUGGAGAACCCAGAAUACUGGAGAACGGUCCACGACAAGAAGACAGGAAGUGACAUCGUCCUCUCAGACGAACAAGUGGAGCUGGUGAAUCGUCUGCAGAGAGGACAGUUUGGGGACGUCAACUUCAACGAGUACCAGCCCUCAGUUGAGUUCUUCAGUAAAGACGUGAUGCUUCAUCCAGUCACUAACAGACCUGCAGACAAACGCAGUUUCAUCCCCUCACUAAUCGAGAAGGAGAAGGUGUCUAAACUGGUCCAUGCAAUAAAGAUGGGUUGGAUCAAACCUCGGCGGGUGGAGGAGGACAGUAGGGGACAUUACUAUGACCUCUGGGCCAGUGAGGACUCUUCUAUUCUAGCCAAACACAGGAUGCACCUGCCUGCCCCCAAAACGCCUCUACCUGGUCAUCAGGAGUCCUACAACCCCCCACCUGAGUAUCUGCUCACAGACGAGGAGCGAGCUCUGUGGGAGCAGCAGGAUCCGUCAGACAGGAAGUUGCCUUACGUUCCCAUGAAGUUCUCCAGUCUCCGUCAGGUUCCUGCGUUUCCUCGUUUCAUCCACGACAGGUUUGAGCGCUGCCUCGACCUGUACCUGUGUCCUCGACAGAGGAAGAUGAGGGUGAACGUGAAUCCAGAGGAUUUGAUCCCAAAACUUCCAAAACCCAAAGACCUGCAGCCGUUUCCUACAACACAAUCUCUGGUGUACCGGGGUCACAGUGGUCUGGUCCGGUCCAUCAGUGUGUCUCCAUCAGGACAGUGGCUCGCUUCAGGUAGUGAUGAUGGCUCUGUGAGGUUCUGGGAGGUGUGUUCGUCUCGCUGUAUAAAGACAGUCCAGGUGGGCGGAGCUGUGAAGAACAUCGCUUGGAACCCAAACCCAUCUGUCUGUCUGCUGGCUGUUGCCCUGGACUCGGUGGUCUUGAUCCUGUCUCCCUCUCUGGCAGACAGACAGGUCAUCUCGUCAUCAGAGCGUCUCCUCUCUGGUGAGCAGGAGACAGAGCCAACAGAAGGGGCAGGGCCUGUCAUCUGGAGUGAGACUGAGGGGGAGGAGCUAAACCAGGGGAUCCGCCUCAAAAUACAACAUCCCAAAGCCGUACACCAGGUCGUGUGGCACGCUAAAGGAGACUACCUGGCAUCGGUGAUGCCGGAUCACUCAAGCCACCUGCAGGUUUUCAUUCAUCAGGUGAGCCGGAGACGGAGCCAGAAUCCCUUCAGGAAGAACAAAGGUCUGGUUCAGUGCGUAUCCUUUCACCCCGUCCGGCCCUACUUCUUUGUGGCCACACAGCGCUCUGUCCGGAUCUACAACCUGGUCAAACAGGAAAUGACCAAAAAACUACAGGCCAACUCCAAGUGGAUCUCCAGCAUGGCCAUCCACCCUGGGGGUGAUCAUGUGAUCUGUGGGAGUUACGACUGCAGGCUGAGCUGGUUUGACCUCGACCUCUCAACCAAGCCAUACAAGGUGUUGCGACACCAUAAGAAGGCAGUGAGGGGCGUGGCCUAUCAUAGAGUUUACCCACUCUUCGCUUCAGCGUCUGAUGAUGGAUCGGUGAUCGUCUGUCACGGGACUGUUUAUAAUGACCUGCUGCAGAACCCGUUGAUUGUCCCAGUGAAGGUCCUCAGAGGUCAUGUGAGUACUCAUGACCUCGGUGUUCUAGAUGUCACCUUUCACCCCACACAGCCCUGGAUCUUCUCCUCCGGAGCCGACGCCACCAUCCGCCUCUUCACAUAGCAAACUGCCUGGCAACCCCUACAGCAACCAACCAGUCGACGAGUCGGUGAUGUGGUUGCUAGGAUACAGGCUGUUGGAGAAACUGUGCUGUUUGACUGUUUUCAUCUUUAACCUAAAAUCUGUUUUUUUUUUCCCCUUUGUUUGUUUUUAAUUAAACUCAAACUUUCUGACCUGUU